AUGCACCCCCCCAGCCAGAACCUCUACAACAUACUCGAGCUUCCACAGACCGCCUCCCGCGCCGAGAUCAGAGCGGCCUACCAUCGCCUGGCCAAGCAGACCCAUCCGGACAAGAACCCAGACGCCGACCCGGCAGGCUUCCAGGCCCUCCAGCAGGCCUACGAGACCCUCAGCGACCCCCAGCAGCGGGCCGAGUACGACGCGCGCGGCUGGCCCACUAAGGAAACCCCGCCCGCGCACCCCUUCCAUGGCUCGGCGGUCGAGGAGCUGUUUACGUCGAUGUUCAGGAACGAGCUUCCGGCCGGCUUCUUCGCCAGCCACCCCUUCCUGGCCCCUUGCCAUCCCCCCCCCUGGACCCCCGCCCCGGAAGCCAAGUCGCCCGACACCAGAAUCGAAUUCCAGGCCACCCUCCACGACCUCGUCAACGGCCGCACGGUGCUCACCGACAUCCCCCGCCAGGUCGGCUGCCAAGCCUGCAAUGCAACCGGCUUCCAUCCCAAUGCUGCCCUGCGUCAGUGUCGUAGAUGCGACGGGAGAGGCUACCAAACAUCCACACAAUCUUCGUAUGGUCUAUUCACACACACCCAAUCCACAUGCGCAUCGUGUGGUGGCGCAGGAUCGAAGAUGAGCUCGGACGACUGUUGCGCGCAAUGUAGGGGCUCGUGUAUCAUCACGGAAACGGCGGUGGUCGAGUGGGAGAUAGCCAAAGGAAUGCUGCCCGGACAGACGAUCACCUUGCCUGGGAUGGGCAAUGCCCUGCCGGGCCAUCUGCCAGGCGACGUCGUCAUCCGUCUGCGCGUGGCCCCGCACCCCGCCUUCGAGAUCGUCCCCCCGGACUCGCGAGACCUGCUUCUCUCCGUCUCCGUCACGCUGUCCGAGGCGCUCCUCGGGAUGGACCGGGUCCUGUUCCGGCAUCUCGACGGCCGCGAGAUCCGGGUCCGUCUGCCCGGGCCCCACCAGGAAGGCCACCAGGUCAUCACCCACGGCGACCUCCGGGCCAUCCGCGGCAUGGGCCUUCCCCCCCAGUCCCCCGCCCAGCCCCGCGGAGAUCUGUGGCUCAAAUUCAUCGUCGAAUCGCCCUCCCCCGCCUGGCUCAGGGCCCACGAUCUGGCCCUCCUCCGCAGCGCCCUGCCUCCCUGUCGUCAGGACAUCCCCCACUCAGAUGCUCCUCAAGAAUACGCCAGCCUGGAAUCUGCUGUCGUCAACAAGGUAUGA